CUGCGUAAAGCAGGACGCGAUACAAACUUCACUUUCUAUGGAUGUUUGUCAUGUUAUGAAGACUCAUGUUAGCUCAGAUUACAGCAGUACAGUGAAGGGACUGCUCUCGGGCGCUCAGCUGGAGCUCAGAUAAGACGUCCUUCAGCAUGUCAAUAGUUUAAAACAUUUAACGUGAUGUUGUAGGGCAAUGGAGAGUGAGCAGUCAGAAACAUUUGGAGGCGGCGGAGGCGAUUCAUCAGGAGUCGAGGCGAGAGCCGAGCCGUAUGAACCCGAACUACACUUAGAAGAAUUUAAAUGUCACUCCUCAGAUUUUGUAGGUCUUGACGAAAAAGUGAAGGGAAGUGAUUCUGAUGAAUGCAGCGACGAGAUAAAAUUGAGGAAUGGGGAUCACCUGGAAGAAGGAGAAAAUGAAGGGGACGAGGAUGAAAUGCUGGAUAACAUCCUCUACCCCCCCUCCAUGCCCUUCCGCAAGUCCAGCAACCCAGAGGUUUCUCACGGCUCCAGUUUAGCGCUGAAAUUUAAACGACAACUCAGUGACGAUGGCAGACAGCUCCGGAGAGGAAGCCUAGGGGGCGCUCUUACAGGGAAGUACCUGCUGCCCUAUGCCUCAACCCAGCAGACAUGGUCAGCUACGGGCUCAGAGACCACCAACCUGGUGCGCAUGCGCUCCCAGACCCUAGGCAAAUCUGCACCCUCUCUCACGGCAAGCCUGAAAGAGCUCAGCCUUCCCAGACGAGGAAGUUUCUGCAGAACGAGCAACAGAAAAAGUCUGAUAGGGAGUGGACAGUCAUCAGUCCUUCCUCGACCACACUCACCUCUGUCAUCACACACAGGCACCAGUCCGCAAGACAGCCCUAGAAACUUCUCCCCUAGUGCUUCAGCUCAUUUCUCCUUCACACGCAGAACUGAUGGGCGACGCUGGUCCUUGGCAUCCCUUCCCUCCUCUGGCUAUGGAACAAACACACCCAGCUCUACCGUCUCUUCGUCCUGUUCAUCACAGGAGAAGCUCCAUCAGCUGCCUUUCCAGCCCACACCAGACGAGCUCCACUUCCUGUCCAAGCAUUUCUACACGGAGAGCAUUUCUGGAGACGACCUCAGGAGAGCUACGCCUAUGCGGCCACGUUCUCGCAGUCUCAGUCCUGGAAGAUCCCCAUCAUGCUGUGACCAUGAGAUUAUCAUGAUGAAUCAUGUGUACAAGGAAAGAUUUCCCAAGGCCACAGCUCAGAUGGAGGAGCGCAUCAAGGAGAUCAUUCAAAGCAACUCCCCUGAGAAUGUCCUGCCUCUGGCUGACGGUGUCCUCAGCUUCGCACAUCAUCAGAUCAUUGAGUUGGCCAGAGACUGCUUGGAAAAGUCCUGUCUCGGCCUCAUUACCUCACGAUACUUCUGUGAGCUCACGGAUAAACUGGAAAGGCUCUUUCAGGAGUCAACUGAGCGAUCGGAGAGUGCAGAGGUGACCUUCAUCAAGGAGCUGGUGAAGAAGAUUCUCAUCGUCAUCGCCAGGCCUGCUCGACUCCUUGAAUGUCUGGAGUUUGACCCUGAAGAGUUUUAUCAUCUCCUGGAGGCUGCAGAGGGUCAUGCCAAAGAGGGCCAAGGCAUCAAGACCGACAUCCCGCGCUACAUUAUCAGCCAACUUGGUCUGACAAGGGACCCGCUUGAGGAGAUUGCCCAGUUAACUAGCUACGACAGCGGGAUUGCAGAAACUCCUGAGACUGAUGAGUCUGUCAGUUCCCACAGUUUGAGCGCAGCACUGCGGUCCCGGCGUAAACCCUGUGAGCUCGACUUUGAGAUGAUCAAAGUGAUCAGUAAUGGGGCUUAUGGUGCGGUGUAUUUAGUGAGACACAAAGAGACUAAACAACGUUUUGCCAUGAAGAAGAUUAACAAGCAGAACCUGAUGCUGAGGAACCAGAUCCAACAGGCCUUUGUGGAGAGAGACAUCCUGACUUUUGCUGAGAACCCUUUUGUGGUCAGCAUGUACUGCUCCUUUGAGACUCGCAGACAUCUUUGCAUGGUUAUGGAGUAUGUUGAAGGAGGGGAUUGUGCCACGUUGCUGAAGAACAUGGGUCCUCUCCCUGUGGACAUGGCUAGAAUGUACUUUGCCGAGACUGUAUUAGCCCUGGAAUAUCUCCACAACUAUGGAAUCGUCCAUCGAGAUCUCAAACCAGACAAUCUGUUAGUCACUUCAAUGGGACACAUCAAGCUGACAGACUUUGGCCUAUCGAAAGUGGGGCUGAUGAACAUGACCACUAACCUCUAUGAGGGUCACAUUGAGAAGGAUGCUAGAGAGUUCUCUGAUAAACAGGUGUGUGGGACACCUGAGUACAUUGCACCAGAAGUAAUCCUAAGGCAAGGUUAUGGGAAGCCAGUGGACUGGUGGGCAAUGGGCAUCAUCCUCUAUGAGUUCCUGGUGGGCUGUGUACCAUUCUUUGGAGACACUCCAGAAGAACUGUUCGGCCAGGUCAUCAGCGAUGAAAUAAACUGGCCGGAGGGAGAGGAUGCGCCACCAGCUGAUGCUCAGGAGCUGAUCACCCUACUGCUCAGACAGAACCCUCUGGAGCGCCUCGGCACUGCAGGAGGGGCGUAUGAGGUCAAGCACCAUCAGUUCUUUCACAGUCUGGACUGGAACAGCCUGCUGAGGCAGAAGGCAGAGUUCAUCCCCCAGCUGGAGUCUGAGGAUGACACCAGCUACUUUGACACACGAUCUGAUAAAUACCAUCACUUGGAAACUGAGGAGGAGGAGGAUACCAAUGACGAAGAUUUCAAUGUGGACCUGCGGCAGUUUUCCUCAUCUUCACACCGAUUCUCCAAAGUUUACAGUAGUCUGGAUCUGUCUCGAGGACAGCUGGAAGAGAAAGGAGAACAGCCAGAGAAGACAACAGACAGUCCUCUCACUGUUGACUCUCUGAGCUGGACUCCAGACUUUACUGAGAUCCCCUCUCUCUCUCAUUCAUCUGACACUGAGAGCACCAGCUUGAGCAGAUGUUCCAGUCUUCUUCCUAAGUUUGCCAUCUCUGCAGAAGUGGAGGACGGUGAGGGCUCCCUGGCUCUGGAAGACCCCAGUAAAGUGACCUUUAGUAUUGGGGAGUUGCCUCAAGAUGAUCCUGAUCCCACCACUCCUUGUAGCACCAUCAGUAACUCCACCCUCUCAGGCAGUUUCUCUGAGCACCUGGAUCAGGCACCUUCACGGGGAGAUGGAGUGGACAGUCUAGACAGCUCCUGUAAGCCCUCCUCUGAUACAGCCUCCUUCCUGACUGCUCCCAAACCUGAGGCCACAGAAAAACAGUGUGCAGUCAGCAAAGUCCCAAAAUCAGUGUCCACCAGCGCCCUGUCACUAAUGAUUCCUGGAGAUAUUUUUGGUGUGUCACCAUUAGCAAGCCCCAUUUCUCCAUACUCGCUGUCAUCAGACCCAUCCUCUAGAGACUCCUCCCCCAGCAGAGACUCCUCCCUCAGUGGUGUAAUCUGUCGUCAGCCAAUCAUCAUCCAUAGCUCGGGGAAGAAGUUUGGCUUCACUCUGCGAGCGAUCCGGGUCUACGCAUGUGACAGUGAUGUUUAUACAGUUUAUCACAUGGUCUGGAAUGUAGAGGAUGGUGGCCCUGCUCACAAGGCUGGUCUUAAGGCUGGAGACCUGAUCACUCAUGUGAAUGGAGAAACCAUUCAUGGGCUGCUUCACACUGAGGUGGUGGAACUAUUGCUAAAGAGUGGAAGUAAAGUCACGAUAUCCACAACCCCUUUUGAAAACACUUCUAUCAAAACUGGUCCAGCUAGAAGAAAUAGUUACAGAAGCAAAAUGGUGAGAAGAACCAAGAAGCCAAAGAAAGAGAAAACUCAAGAAAGGCGGCGUUCAGUGUUCAAACGUUUUGCCAUGCAACCCUCUCCACUUUUACACACCAGCCGUAGUUUCUCCUCGCUAAACCGCUCACUGUCUUCAGGAGAGAGUCUACCUGGAUCUCCCACACAUAGCCUCUCGCCACGCUCCCCCACAGCUGCCUUUCGCCCAACACCUGACUUCAACCAGUCAGGUGGCAAUUCAUCACAGAGUAGCUCCCCCAGUUCCAGCGCACCUAACUCACCAGCAGGCUCUGGCCACAUCCGACCCAGCACUCUGCAUGGCCUGGGUCCCAAACUACCUGGACGGUUACGUCAGGGUCGACGUAAAUCAGCAGGGAGUAUUCCCCUCUCACCUUUGGCUCGCACACCCUCCCCGACCCCUCAGCCUCAGCCGACUUCUCCUCAGCGGCCCCCAUCUCCCUUGCUGACUCACACUGUGGGAAACGCCAAAACUUCUCAGGCCUUCCCUGCCAAAAUGCACUCACCCCCCACUAUUGUACGCCAUAUGGUGCGAACUAAAAGCGCAGAGCCUCCUCGGUCCCCGCUCUUGAAGCGAGUUCAAUCCGAGGAGAAGCUUUCCCCCUCUUACGCUGGUGACAAAAAACAUUUAUGCACCCGAAAGCACAGUUUGGAGGUCACCCAAGAAGAGUCUCAAGGGGAGGCCUCAUCUAUAGGGGAGCAUAUCCCACCAUGCAUAGAGGAGAGCACUUCCUGUGAGCCACCCACUAUUACUCGGGUGAGGCCUGCUGAGCAGGGCUGCCUGAAGCGGCCUGUCUCUCGCAAAGUUGGUCGACAGGAGUCAGUAGAGGAGAUAGAUAGGGAGAAGCUGAAGGCUAAAGUGGUGGUGAAGAGGCAGGACUGGGCUGAGAGACGAGAGUCUAUGCAAAAACAAGACACCGUGCAAGAUGUGGAAGGUGCUGCUGCUGAAGGUAAGGAGUGGAGUGUCCUUACACGUCCCAGUGUGAGACCCCAGAGUUCUGAAUCUGGAUCCCUGGACAAGUCUACAAAUGCUACUUUGAAGGAUGUCCUCUACAAAAAACUAAACUCAAGAGUCUGUGAGAGCAUAGCUGAGUCUGUCACCAGUGGGGAAUGUGUAUCACUUUUAAGUGAGAAUGUGAGGUCGCCGCCUUGUCAAUCAGAGCGACAAAUGUCUCGGUCAAUGAAGGAAAGUAAACCAGAGAGAAUAGAUUUCAAAGCCUCCAACAUUGAGUUUGCCAGAAAGAGACAGUCCUUUGAGGAUAGGGAGGAAUCCUUGUGUCGAAUAUCCUCUGGUGUUCAUGAAAGCAUUCAUUUCAACACCACAAGGUCCAAAAGUCUUCAGCUGGAUUCUGCGUUAGCUUUAGAACAUGUUAAAGGGGGCAUGUGCAACAUCCAUGGCACUUCUGAAACUUUGGCCCCUAAGCUUUUUAGUGGGAGAGGAGAGAGCGCAGUAGAAAAACUUCAGAUGAUUGCUUCUGAUGGUCCUAUCAGGAAGACCUCCUCCGAGUACAAAUUGGAGGGAAGGCUUGUGUCCUCUUUAAAGCCACUAGAGGGCACCUUGGACAUUGGUCUGCUUUCUGGGCCUCGGGUAUCCAAGACUGACACGUGUCUUUCCAAAAUGGCAGACAGCCAUGGUCAAAGUACUAUGUUGGCAGAAGAUCUAUGUGGAAAACAGAAAACCACAGAGAAAAAGAAAAGUCAACAUGCAGGGACGUCUGGCACACUUAACCAUAAGGACAAUGUGUAUUUGAGCAGUAAAACCAUUACAAAAGAAGAGUCCAUUUCCAAUAAGGACUCUACAAUAAGUCCUGCUUGCAAUGAGGCCUUGCAUGAUAGAAAUAAAUUUCAUGAUGGAAUGAAGUUUCAGUUUACAGCCACCAAAGUGGAGUCCAUAGACACAAGUGUGAAAUCGGAGACUAGGCUAAAGACAACUCAGGAGAUGAGAGCUGCACGACACAGUGCUCACUUUGCAUGUGGGAAAACGCCUUCCAUCAGGGAAGUCAGCAAUGAAGACCAGGAAGACGACAUGGAAAAUAUAGAGGAUACAUCUCCAAAGCAAAAUGAAACUCAGCAGACACAACCGGUCCUUAGUAAAACAAAUCAACCUGACGAAUUCCGAGUGUCUUCUGCUGUUAUUGCUGAACUCAACUCUGUCCAGCAAAACCCAGAAGCAAAUUCUGGCAAAAAUAAUAGUAGGCUGAGUGAGACACCAACUACUUCACGCAGUUCAGCAAUGUCUACUAAGAAGGAUAGCAUAAAUGAAGACAAACCAGGCGAUACAAAGACCACUGCAGUGAUAAAGCAGAUCUGUUCAUCAGAAGAUGUUAUGGACAAUGCAGGUGCAACAUCAAGCCCAACUGUGGCUGCAACCAAGACUCUGAUAGAUAGAAAGGAUAGGGCUGGUAGCACCAAAGACUUUCUUGACAUCAAUCCAGAGCAUCUUCAAGAUUUGAAGGAAAGCAAAACAUCUAGCAGAGUAAAAAGUUUAGACAAACAUGUACAGUCUGCACUGGGAGACAGAGCUGAUGCUAAGCCAACCUCAGCUGACUCAGGGCAGGCUAAACCAGAGAUAUCUGUCAAAGAAACAGCACCCAUCCCACAGAGUCUAUCUUUAGCUUCCUCCGUCACAACAUCCAUUGUGUCUCCUGUCUCAGCACCAGCAGAUGCACCUGAGAUCCCUAUUAUUAAAAGCUCAUUGUCUCCCAGAUCUAACCUUCAAAGAAAAACCACGUCAUCUGCCAUUGCUGCCCCGUUGAAGGACAUGCCUGCUACUGAUUCAAAAUCCCAUGCCUGUGCAAGCACCACCCCACAACUUUCUGGGUUGGCUGAAGUAAAAACAACCAGCAUCCAACCUCCACAGUCUGAUCAGAUUUGUUCCAAAAUUUCAAGCUCUGUUGACUUGGAAAAUGGACAGACAGCAAGUAUUUCAGUUCAACUCUCCAAACAAAUCUCAGACCGAACACAAAAUUCCUGUGCAUCAAGUGGUAGCAGAGAAUUCAGUGUGCAAACCCAUCAGUCUCAACAGGGCUUAAACAAAAAUCAACAUGCAGACAAAGUAAAUCCUCCGGAAGCAAGUAGCCAAUCCAGUUUAAUGGCGAAGGAUACUAAAAACCUGCCAGCAUGUGGAGUUAAAAUGGACUCGAGAGAUAAAAUGGCCUCUAAAAAGGACUUCAGGUGCAGUGAGAGUGAAAAGAUUACCUGUGCCUCUAACCCUAACCCUUCAGUCAAAGCUGAAGUUUCAAAUAACUGUGAAAAGCGGGAAGCCAUCUUCAGAAGCCAAGUAAGCACAUCAAAGGACACGGGUGCAAGCCCACCAAAGACUAGAAGUUGUGACACUUCAACAAAAGACACUGUGCAUGUGCAGUCUGCAAUUAAAACAGAAGAAAAGCAGAAAUUCAAGAGUGUUCUUGAUGUAGACACUGAGAAGGCCAAUAAGCAAGUUAUGGACAUGCCCAUUACAGAGACAAGUGCAGCACAGACUGCAAUAAAACAGACGCAAAAGUCUUAUAGUGCGGUAUUAAAACAAACCCCUUUGAGUUUGAAAAACAAGCCACGAGUAGACUCGCCGCUUGUUAUGCAGUCUAUUGGGAAGGCAGUUGAAGAUAAGAGAAAGCAGGAAAACAUAGCACAGCUACAGCCCAUUGUCAAAGACAACAUAGUAAAACCAAAGGAGCUAAGAGAGUCAGUCCUGUCUACGCCCAAAUCUCAGCUUCACAAAGAGACCCACACUGGUUCUCGAGGUGGCUCCGUGCCGGUGUUGCCUGUACCAGCUGUUAAAAUCCAUGUGUCUAGUGGGCUUCCUCCUGGUAAGGGCAGCGCUGCUGUAGUUGAAAUACUCGGACCUUCCUCAGAGGAACAAGUGAAGUCCAGAAUUGACGUUCCAAGAUCAGAGUCUUUCAAGGGCUCCAGCACCAAAGGGACAACUACUAGUACUGAUUCCAGUCCUGACCCUAAACAUGCCUCAAGUGAGUCAAAGGUGACUGACAAACAGAUUUCAUCCAACCGAAAAGAGCAAGUGGAAAAGAAGAGAAAGGAUACUCAAGAUACAUCAUCAGCACCCAAAACUAACCGCAAAGACUCAUCAAGAGGCAUGCCUUUGGCAAAGGAUAGUACUACUAUUGAAAAAGAUUCAGUCCGUUCUAAACAAACAAAGGAUACGCCACGUGGUUCAACUUGUAAAAAGUGAUGUAUUGUAUUGUAGUUGCCAAGCGUAUUGAAUUUUAAAAAGACUAUGAGGAUGUAAACAUAAUUUUUUGUCUAUAUGUAAUAUCAUGAAGCCUUCCUAUCUGAGGACCGGUGAAGCUGUUACUUUGGGUUUUCAUAAGAAACCAGAGAUGAAUUUGUUUGUUUGUGUUGUGAUCUAUAAUGCUUUGUUAAUAUUAUGUCUAAAAAAGUGUAGGCUGAAUGUUGACUUGUUUUGCUGCUGAUUUGUGGUCUUGUUUUAGAUCUCGCAAAAGCGCCAAAAUUAGUCAUUGUAUUGUGUUGCGGUGUGAUGUAACGAGUGGCGUGUGCAAUAACUGGGGAGACGGAGUGUAGAUGCCUUUUUAAAGGAUUUAAUGAACUGUGCCAAUCCUGGUGGAGUGUAAUUGUACCAAACAAAAAGCACCUUAAAUUCAGAGCUGAAGAUGCAUGUUAACUGACUGUGUAAAAAAAAAAAAAAAAAAAAAAAGCUUCAUGCUUAUUCAGGCUAGUGUUAUUAUGUAUUAUACUGGUUUCUGAUGUAUUUAAAAACCACUAGGAAAAAUAUAUGUAGCAAUGGUGCUAUUAAUGUGCAGAUCACUUAUUUUAUUUUUAUUUUUUUCACUGCUUUUUUUUUUUUAUUUUGGACCUUAUCAGCAAAGUUUUGUUUUGGGUAGUGGUGCACAGAGGGAAAGCACUUUGUCCUGUGCUUCUCACCUGGAACUAUUUUAUAUUGGAAUCAUCUUAUGGUUCUGGAAUCAUAGUGGAAGGGGCCUUCGAGUUUUUUUGGGGAAAUAUGACUUGCUGUUCUUAGCAGGUCAUGGUGAAAUUCACAUUCCUUUCACAUAUAUUAUUUUUUAUGCAAUAUAUUGUAAAUACAGCAGCAUUAAUUGUACAGAGGGGUCGGUUGAAAAUGAGUGUUGUAUGUUUUAUAUGUAUAUAUUUUGUUAUGUCAUAUGUUUGUAUAUUGUACUUAAUGUUGGUCUCCUAUUGAUGUUAUCUGCUCAGUAAUUGUGCUCAUAUAGAGUCUAGAGUCUAUCUAGCAGAAUAAUGAUAGUCUCACUCUGAAAUGAAGUGUACUUGAAGUUUCACUAAGGUAUGUAGGGGUUAACCACAUGCAUUUUCAGAUAUGUAUUUUAAGUGACGCAGCAGAGUUGCUCUCCGAAUGUUCAUCAUACUUGAUGCCGCUAACAAGGAAAUCAUGCAUUUACAUAAAAACAGGGACAAGACAGAUGUAGCACAUUAUAUAAAAGGCAAGUUUCAGAGACUGAACCCCGUGAUUAGUUUGCUACUAUGUAGAUUAUAUACAAUCUGUUUAAAAAAAAAAAAAAAAAAAAUCUCAAGCUUUUAGGGCUAACAUUUGGCAUACAGGAACAUGAUGUAUUUCCCCUAGUUUGGUUAAAAGGGCUUAUACACUGAUAAUCAAAUGUGCUUUAGCAACACUUGUGGUAUGUCAGGACUUGUGAUAAAUGUCAGGAGUUUCACUGCAUGUUUGUUCUUCAUGUCCAAUCAGUUUCUUACAUAUUCAUAUGCAAAGUACAACACUUGCAAAUGGGAAUUGUGUAAUACUUUAUUAAAUGCAUUUGUGCUAUUAACAUUUCUAGUCACGUAAUAGAACUGCUAAGCGCAUUUCCUGCACUUUUUACCUUUGAAACCUUUCAAAGCUCUCUUCCCUUUUUUAAAGGUUGUGUCCAAACAUUAAAAAGCAUAUUUGCCAUUAGUUGUGCUUUAUUUGACCUUUAGGUAGUUGCAUUGUGACCACUGAAGUUUAGCAUCAGAACGGAGAAGAGGAUGAAUCAUUGUGUCUUUUGGUAUUUGGUCUUAACUUUAAACUUGCUAUAGCUCUGCUGGUAUGUAUACAUCACAUACCAA